AUGGAGUUCAUCUUCCACGAGAAACAAGAAGGAUCCCUCUGUGCCCAGCACUGCCUAAAUAAUCUACUUCAAGGAGAAUAUUUUAGCCCUGUGGAAUUAGCCUCAAUUGCACAUCAGCUUGAUGAAGAAGAGAGGAUGAGAAUGGCAGAAGGAGGAGUCACCAGUGAAGACUAUCGCGCAUUUUUACAGCAGCCUUCAGGAAACAUGGAUGACACAGGUUUCUUUUCUAUUCAGGGUGAUCUGCCAGACUGUGAAGCUGACCAACUCCUGCAGACCAUCAGGGUCAAACAAAGAGAUCGACCAAAACUUACUGAAAGAAAACUACCACUAGAAAAACAACAAAGAGACCAUAAAACAGUCCUUGAAAAAGUGUCAGAAGAAACUGAUGAAUCUGACGUAUCAGACGAAGAUGAGGAGGAUUUUCAGAGGGCCCUAGCACUGAGUCAUCAAGUAACCAAGAGAGGAGAUGAAGAUCUUCACAGAGCUAUUGAAUUAAGCAUGCAAGGUACUUCCAGAAACACAUCGCAAGAUCUUCCGCAGACAUCGUGUGUAACUCCUGCUUUGGAAGAACUGAAGAAAACAAAAGACUAUUUUGAAAAGGAUGAGCAAGAACAACAGCAGAGGAAACAAAAGUCAGAUCCACCAGGUCACAGUUCAUGUCCAUCCGAAAUGCCAACAACAAGUCUGAGAGGAACUGACAGUGAUCUCAGUGAUGACAGCAAUGAAGACAUACUCCAGGUCGCUAUCGACAUAGUUUUAGAUGCUGUUAGAAAUAGUUUGAAAAUCAAUGAAGAUAAGUAA